AUGUACGGGGACUUUGUGCGAAGGAUACGCGAUAAGCUGAGCGAGCUGCGGCCUCUAACCCCAGCAGGAGGGUGCGGGCCACGGCCAUGCCUGCUGCAAAUGAACCCACCGUUGUGCCCUACAGACGCGGUUGCGCUGCCGCCGAAGGUGCUUCAUCCUGGGAAGAUUGAUGUGAGGCGCCAGGUGCUCUACGUGCCGGGUGCCGAGGGCUUUCCGCUGUUGGACACCUUUUUCUUCGUCGAGUCGCCGAGGAGGACGAUGGUGGGGCUGCAGACAACCCCGGCAAAGGCACGCCAGAUUGCGACCAACACGGCGAAGCAGCUCAAUGAUCAUAUGGCGGAGUUUUUUAACGGUUGGGAGAAGUUUGCCCGGAGUUUGCCGUGGGAGAUUGUUUACGUGCAACGUGGUGGUAAGGAGACAAUACACGCGUGGCAGGGGUGUGGAGCCUCCGGCAACGGGGCCAGUGCGGAGGAUAAAAGGAGCAUGACCUUUUGGAAGAGGAAGGUGCAUCAGUACCAUGUGGCGGUGUCGUAUGAAGACGUAAAUGUCGUAUGCAGUGAGUGA